UCCCGUGCUCUCAUUAGGGAAGUGGCCUUACCAUCGCAUUAGGGUUCCAUUCCCCUUCUUCCAAAUCAAUCAAUUUUUGAUCGAUGAUGAAUAAUUCUGACGAGAAACGGCUUCUUGUGAUACGUAACCGUGGAGAGUUGGGUGCGUAUUAUAUAACUGCUCUUUCUCCGCGAGAUUUAUCUCUAAUUCCUGAAGAAAGUUUCGAUCUUCCUUUUUUGAAUCCAAAGCAGCGUAUUGAUUCUAACAGUUGCGGAGGUUUGUUGUUUAUCAGCAAUGGUUAUGGCCAUAUUUAUCUUUGCAACCCCACAACUAGAAUGGUUCAGAUGUUUCCUCCCCGGGAAGCCUCUCCAAAUUGUAUCACCUUAUAUCUUGGUGGUGGUGUUUGCUACGAUUCUAAAUCUGAUGAUUACAAAAUCCUAAGAGUUUGUGCACAGUUAUACUCGAAUCCGUGUCUGCACUACACAACUUUUGACUUGUAUUCGUUAAAAAAGAAGUCGUGGAGGGUGAUUCCAAAUCCUACUUUGCCCAAAUAUCUUAAUGCUAAAGUUACAUGUAUUAGAGAUAAAUGUUAUUGGUUUAAUCGGGGUUUUACAGGAGUUGAAUGUUUCGAUUGUAGUGAGGAAAGCUUGUCUCACUUGGCUUUACCACCAAAGACUCGUGGCUUUCUGUAUGAGCUUGUCAAGUUUAGUGAUGAAGAUAUGUUAGGUUUUAUUCGCUAUCGGAAACGAGGAGUUAGUAGUAAAAGCAGUCGUCAUGAUCAGUAUUUUGGGAUUGCACCCGGUUAUUAUUAUGAGCUUUGGGUGUGGAAGGAAGAGUUGCGGGCCUGGAAUAUGAAUUUUAAAGUCUCUCUUGGUGGUGGUGUUGGUUCACCACAGAGGACGAUAUACGAUCAGUUCUCGUUUCUCUCUGGAUGGGCUGGCACACGGUAUGAGGAGUUUGAUGGGAGACAACAUCGUCUAGUAGCUUACAAUUGGAUUAAGAAAGAGUGCAAGGAACUCGGUAUUUAUAAUGGUCGCUAUUUAAUUCAUGUUCAUUGUUAUGUUGAGAGCAACAUUGCGCUGCCUGAUGGAGUGCCAAUCUCCGAAUCCCAUACUCUUUGUCAUAUUUAUUUAGAUGAGGACGAUGAGGACGGCCAUGACCCUGACCUUAGGGAGGAAGACAUUGUUGAAGUUGAUCAACGUUACGUUGAAGCCUGCAAGGAAGAUUUUCUUGAUUAUGCUGAUGCUGACAAAGGAUUCCGUAUUGUUGAGAAUAUAGAGUUGGAGGAUGAGGAGGAGGAGGUUCUAAACAAGGUUGUCACUCCUGACUCGAGGGGGGGCGUCACGAAGAACAUUGGAUUUAGCGCGCAAUCCACUAGCACCUCGCAGGUUCCUCAUUCACCUGCUCUUGAGGCUGAGGUUGCCAGAUUGACUGACGAGUUAGAGCAAAGGAAACGAAAAGAAGAGGAUAUGACCCGUAAGAUGGAGGAGAUGCAGAUGCAGAUAGCGCAGCUCAUGCAGAUAAAUCGACCUUGAUGCCUCCUCAAUCUCACCAUAACCUAGCUCGUU